AUGCCCGCCCUCGUCUCCCAUCGUCACUACUCUUUCGGAGCCCCCCGGUCCCCCAGUUCCCGCCGCCAAUCCAGCCACCUCGAGCACCACCAGACCCUCUCCAAUGGCGGCAUGGCCCAGUCUAUCUCCUCCCUCAAGAUGACACCGAGACGAUUCAGCAAGCGGCCCGCCACCAACAUCACCAACGUGGUCUCCACCAUCAAGAGCCGCAGCAAUGAUGAGCUGGGCCCCGGUGUGUCGCCCCAGAUCUUCGGUACUUCGUACUCCUCUAUGUUGGAAUGGUUCAGCACUCAGCGCAUGGCUCUUCUUCCUCCCGAGGGGAGUGAUUAUGAUAAGGUGUUGGCUUGGGCGCAUCUUUUCGUGGAGAGGUUAAACUCGUUUGAUCUUGCCAUCGAAGAAUUUGCAGGCGACAGUUAUCUUGCGACCCAACUAGCGUAUGGCUAUUGUGCUAUGCUUCUCGAGCUUGGACAAGAGAACGCUUCCGCACUCACCAUAUCCUUCGGUUUCUUCCACAGCGUAUCCAUGCCAUUCCUCAACCUUCUCGAACGAGCAGAACUCUUCAACGCCAACCACGAGAUUCGCGAGCAGCUAGUCCUCGCUCUCGGGGAUCUCGUCAGCCUCGUUGCCAGCAUCUCUACCCACUUCCACAAGGCCGUCCAUGGCUUGCACGGAUCCUCUGUUUCAAUUGACAUCUAUCGCGUGUUCUCGAAUCAGAUUGACACGUUCCGGCAGCGCUGUGAGAAGGUCUCUGUGUUGCUGUGGGGGCAGCAGCUGCUCAAGGAGAAUGUGCCUCCCGGUAAAGUGGAUGAAAUCGGCCUGAUAAAAUCAUGGCUCUCCCCUGACGAUGCCGUGGUCGCUCGAGUCGCAGACAGUGCCUCUCAUCUCGCCCACGACCGUCAGGAGCUGACCUGCCUGUGGAUGGGGCCAAGACUGACUCGAUUCUUGUCCAGCCCGGCAAAGACCCUUUCUCUAGCAGGUAAGCCUGGGUCGGGCAAGACGGUGUUGGCCUCGGUCGUCGUUGAUCAUCUACAACACCCCAUUGGUGGCGUAUUUUACAGCACUUUGUACAUCCCUAUCAAUGCCAGGAUCCCAGCUGGAACAACUUCCCAUGCCAUCGCUAGCACAAUCCUCUUCCAGCUGCUCGGCAAGCGUAUCGGCAACGUCCAACUCUACCAGAUGCUGAGUGACGCCUAUAAGCGCAGCAAACUGAUCACCAGCGCUGCCGAGUACGACGGGCUCCUUUGGAAUACCGUCGAGGCAGCGCUCGGGGUCUCCGUCCAAGGUGCCAGCGAGCUCGUCAUUGUCGUCGACGGCCUCGAUGAGUCAUCUUGUGGCGAGAAGACCCUCAUGAACAACCUGGUGUCAGUGACCCGCGAUGCUCCUAAUGUGAAGCUCAUCACCUUCGGCGCGGAGAAUUCUGCGCCGUCUUCGCAGCAUGAGUGUGUCCAGAUCAGCAAUGACCUUGUCUUUGACGACAUCUCUGCAAUUGUUCGCAGCAACUUGAUGCUGAAGGGGGCGUUUUCUGGGCUCAAUGAGAUGGCGCAGGAGACACUUGUCACCCGACUCGUUGACGCUGCCAAUGGGUCGUUUGUCUGGUCCAAACUGAUCACCAAAAUUGUUCGCGAAGAGUCUAAGCCGGAGGGGCUGAAGAACGCUGUCGAGACCAUCGUCUCCUCGAAACCGUCGAUAACGGAUCUCGUGUCCCAAGUCGUAUCUACUUCGUCUACCACUGUAGAAGCCAAACACAUGCUCUUGUGGCUGGCUACAGUGGAGCGUCCUCUUCAUGUACAGGAGCUUGCCGCUCUUCUCUCGAUCCACGUGGACAAAGUCUCUGUCUCUGACGACGAGGUUGACACUCUGCAAGUCCUUAAGCCCAUCAAGGCCUUGGUCUUCCUUGAAGAUGAACUCGUGUACCUCCGCCAUGCUGUCAUCCGCCAGUCAGUGCAGGAGCUCUUCUCCAAAGGCGCCCUGAUCCCCAAUCUCAAAGACCGUCACGCCGAUCUCGUCACCAGACUCUUGGUCUACACCAGGACAGUCUCGCUCCAACAGCGUGACGUGUCCCUUUCUUCAAUGGAGCAGGCAGAUACCACUGCUCUGGUACAUAGGCAUAUUCUUCUCGACUUUGCCUUGAGGUAUUGGCCUCUGCACCUCCGCAACACAUCCGUCUUCCUAAAAGAUGGCUCUCGUGGUGUUUCCAAAGAUAUCAGCAAGAUUAUCCCCACGAGCAUUGCCGUGGUGCAACUUCAGCACUCGCUUUGGGAACAUUCGCUCCCAACGCCUCUUCUGUUUACCUAUAGCACCAUGGCCUCAGAUGUUCUUCGUGAAACCCUGACGCCCAAGCACGCAGCUCCCCUCCAAAGCACCAUCCUCGUGGCUCAACUGCUUCGCCAGAUUGGUAGACCUGCAGAUGCUACGCCCCUAAUCUACCAGGCUGCGCUGACGAGCCACUCUCUCUUGACCACCGAGAGCGUUGUGACCAUGCAGCUCAUGCGUCUCUUCCUGGAGCUGACUUCCGAUCAAGUCACACCAUCGAAGACAGAUAUCAUGGUAAAGAGAGAGAAAUGUCUCCUCUUACUUGUGGAAUGCUACAAGAUCCACUACGGUUCGUCUUCGGAAAGUGUCAUCACCAUCUGGAGGCAACUGGCAGAGCACUAUCACCUGAUCAAGGAAGUUCAGCAGGCUCAUGAAAUUGAGGGUGCAAUUCAGAGCGUCGCCCACGCUGAUGCUGCGCAUCACGAAGCCAACGGCACCACUGGAAGCUUGGCUGUGAAGCUACGGGCUCCCAAGGAUCAAGGCCCGUACUCUCGUCAGACUUUGAUCCUCGACACGGAGUAUGAUGACGAGGUCGACUCGACCUCGGGUUUCAACUUCGGACGUUCCCUGGAGAUGGUGCACAAGUACAUCUCGCAGGAGCAUUACGAGGCCGCUGAGUGUGUUUACGUCCAGCUUUGGCAACAGGCCAUCAUCGAGUGUCAAUACUCGGCCUCCUCCCACUCCCAAGUGCAAAGCCUGAGUGCCACGCUCGAGUACAGCAAGUUCCUCCAUUCCCGCGGGCGUACUGAUCAGGCUGCAUCCAUCCUGACCAGCUUCUGGCAGGACUUCCACAACGGCACAUUGCACAACGAGGCCUCCCUUCUCCAUCUUCGAGAUAUUGCCUACUUUUUCAAGAGCGUGAAGCUACCUUUGCAAGCUAUCGCUGUAUUCAAGAAGUGCGCAUGGUACUAUGAAUCCACCAACAACACCCAGUCUUCCGUCUACAAGGAUUUACGUGUUAGCAUCGAGAAGAUCAUCAGGGAGGUUCUGGAGAGCAGCACUUCCUUCAUCCCUGCCUCCUCUGAAUCAACUCUGGAGAAGAUGAUCAUCGAAAGAGCGCAUUCCGUCCUUGUUGAUCAGGUUGUAUUUGAUGCCGCUGAGAGUCUCAACAAGAGAUACGAGGCGCAUCAAUUCUGGCGUAAUUCCACACGUCUUCUGAAGGGUGUCCUCCAGGGUGUAUGGCCUUCCUUAUUCUCCUCCUCCAUGGAGGACGUCGUCCUACCUACGAAGCUCGCUGAGCAGUGUGUCAAGCUUGCGCAGCAUCUCAGCCAAUGCUACCGCUUCCGACGUCGUCCUUCCAAGGAGAAGGACAUAUACGUCCGCAUCUACCGUGCUCUCCGAUCCGAACGCAAGGUUGAAGAUCCGCUGCGCAAGGACGUCACAUCAGGCCUUCUUCAAUGCUAUGAGGCCAACUCGAACACAGAACUAGUUAUCAGCACACAUGAAGAGCUUCUGAACGACUACACACAGUUUUACGGUCCAGAACAUGCCACCGUUAUCAGGCAGCUCUGGACACUGGCGAAUCUGACUCGUCCCCAGCCCGUGUCCAUCGAGUAUUACCAGCAGAUCAUCCGCAUCCUCAACAAGGGCAAUGGCUCGAAGCCUUGUCACCCUGAUGCCUUUGAGCCACUUGUCAUCGUCGCUACAGACAUGUGGACCCAGAGCCGCUACAUGGAUGCCGCCAACUUCUACGCGAUUCUCUUUACCACGUUCCUUGAGCAGGAGAAGUUGAGCCCCAAUUUGAAGGAUGCUAGCUUCGUCCGUGAGAUAUUCGAGCGCUACACACACUGUCUUCGUGUGCUGCGCACCGACUUCAGCACCUUGCAUGGCAUUACGACGUCUUACAGAACCAAGUGCAAAGCCGUUUUCGGCUCAUCCGCCACUGUCACUGUCCUGGCUACUUUGGCCCUUGCCAGAAUUUGUCAGGAGUCGAAGCGCUACGAGAAAGACGCCAUUACCCUGUACAAGGAGCUUCUCAAGACGGAAUCUCAUGCAGUCAACCACAACGAGAUAUCCGCCAUUUUGGAGACCUUGUACGAGGAUCAGGCCACCCUCGUCGCCAACGCCAAAAUGGAGGACCUCUCGUCUGAUGAGGCCCAGAAGGCUGAGCAACGCCUCAGAGGGCGCAUGACUUCUACUAGAAAGACGUACGGCUGGGCUCAUGAGGAGUCGCUUACGCAGUUGACGCAAAUGGUAACCUUGCUCGUCAUCCGCAAUGAGACCAAUGCCGCAUUGUCUGAGCUGAACGAAGCAACAUCUCAGAUCCUGUCGUCAACCACCUCCGCGACAGCCUUGUUCAGCGCUGCUUCGUCGAUUGCUUCAGCCUACCUCGCCGUCGGCCAGAAGCACAAAGCCCUGGAGCUCACCGACGAUAUCUACCGUCAGAUUAUCCUGCGAGACAGCAGCAACUCCAGCAAACUCAACUUUGACUUGUCUGGCAAAAUCCAGUCUAGUCUCAUCUUCUUGGCGGAGAUGAGACACUCUUUGACUCAUCAAAGCUCAAGUGUCACUGAAAUUCUCUCGACAUUGACGACCGAGAUUACAUACUUUGAGGAUUUUGAGAGAUUGACCAAGGCCAAGGACAGCAGCCUGCACUCCGUUCUUGUGUCGGCCACCCGUCUCUACCACUUCCUGCUAUCACACGACAAGGAAGCUGCGCAGCGAGUUCUGACGGAGCUGAAAAACUACUUCAUCAGAACGGAGGGGAAGCGCAUCCAAUGCACAGACCCUGGGCAAGUCCAUGAGUUCGUCUUCACUCUGAUUGAGUAUUUCAGGGUGUAUCAGGUGCAGGACUUGACACGCUCCGUCGGCAUUGCCAGCAACGAGCGUGUCAUCCAGCUACUCAAGGACCACAAGUUCGACGCUGCUAUCAACCUGGCCACCGUCGCCUUCAAGUACAUCUCUGCUCAAAGCAGCUACUGCACACCUAAGGUGGUCAAGUUUGUUUUCAUGCUGGGCAUGAACAUCUCUGGAUGUGGCCAUAUCACUCAAACCAAGCAGGCUGUGCACGAGAAACUCCUGGCUACGUCGGCAACUCUGUUGCAGGACGCUCUUCGCGUUACCAGUGACCUGAAGCUCGACCUUGCCCUUAUGGAGUCUGACAGCCUCAACAGGCUGAUCGGUGUGUUGGGCGAGCAGCAAGCCCACGAUACUCUGUCCUGGCUGCUCGGCAUCCUCUGGAACAGCCGCGAUGUCCAUCAAAAAUGGGAGCCGAGCGCCACACUGGCCUUGGGUCGUCGCUACAUCAUGGCGCGCUAUCUCGUCGGCGACACAUCUGCCGCCGUGCGCCUCGCUGAAGAUAUUGUAUACAACGUCCGUCGCGUCCACGGCCCCCGUCACCACACAACUCUCGACAUGUCCGCGCUCCUUGCACAGAUCUACACUGGUAUUGGACAGAAGUACCAGGCGCACAAGGAUGGAGUGGAGCUCGCAAAGCGAUAUUACAAGAAGAGCAGCGCCACGCACGAGAACAUUCUACGUGCCUUCACAGACAUGGACCUUGACGCUACUCUCGACGGAUCUAUGAGUCUAGACGGACACUCCCUCGACCUAGAUCUCCACGACGACCUCGAGAGCAGUGUGAGUCCCGAGGAGGCUGUCCGCAAGCACUUCAAACUCCUCAAACUGGCUGUGCAGCGCCUGGGCGAGUGGCCAAAGGAUUAUACGGAGUACGAGCGUCUGAAUGCGGACUUGUACCGCGAGUUCCCAGUCGCGCUCAACGGUGUUGAGGGAGUUGAGAAGUGGGAUCUGAAGAAGAUGGGCGAUGGUAAGGCGGAGAGUGAUGAGGAUUUAGUGGAUGGUCAUGUUAGUGACUGGGCUUUGUUUGAGACGGAGCAGUGGUUUGAGGCUGGUGUUGAUGAGGCGAACGGGGUGAAUGCCAAGCGGGCUGCUGUCUGCCCGCAAGAAGUUCAAGCGCAGAUCAGCUUCCUCGACCUCUUCCAUCGCGAGAUUAGACGCUCUGGCCAUAGCGAAAUUGUGAGCUCACGCGAACAGCUCAAUAUGGGCAAGAAAUUGGCAAAUUGGUACUUCGCCCUGGUGGCGGCCCUUUGCAUGGUGUUAUACGGUUACGAUGCAUCGGUCUUCAACUCUGUGCAAGGCUCGGACAAUUGGUUCAAAUGGAUGAACGUUGACAAAGACAAGGACACACAGAUGCUCGGGUUGAUCAACACUAGUUACACGAUCGGUGCCAUCGUCGCCGGCUUCUUUCUCGGGGGGCCCUUGGCUGAUUAUCUCGGUCGAAGAUGGGGUAUGUGGGCUGGUUGCUUUCUCACCAUCGUUGCAACCUUCAUGCAAGCCUUCACUCCCCAUCACAAAAUUGGUGUCUUCAUCGCCGGUCGUGUCAUCAUUGGCAUCGGGCAAGGUCUCGCCCUGACUGCUGCACCGGUGUACAUUAACGAGAUUGCCCCGGCUGAAAUCCGUGGAAGGAUCAUGACGAUCUGGCAGAUGAACUACUCGGUUGGUAGUUUUAUUGCUUACUGGGUCAACUACGCCUGCUCGACUCGUCGCGAGAAGCUUGGUCAGUGGGACUGGAAAAUGGUGGUUAUGUUCCAGAUCCUCAUGCCCGCCCUGGUUUGCAUCGCUCUACCUUUUAUCCCUGAGACGGCGCGCUGGCACAUCAAAAAGAACGAUAACAUCGACGCGGCUCGCGCUUCCCUUGCUCGUAUGCGAGGCACCGAGCAGGAGGUCGAGGAGGAGCUUCUCGCCAUUCGCAGUGCGGUGGAGUACGAGAAGGAGGCAAUCUCGAGCACAUCAUACGCUGCCUUGUUCCGCGACCCUUCUGUCCGCAAGCGUCUCAUUCUCGCCUUUAUCCUCAAUAUUGGCCAGCAGCUCACCGGGCAGGGCACUCUUAACUCGUACUCCACGAGUAUCUAUCGCCAGAUCUGGAACAAUCCCGAAACAAUUAAUCUCAUCAAUGCCCUCAACGCCACGUUUGGAAUCCUCUUCACUUUGAAUGCCAUGUGGACCUCGGACCGGUACGGGCGUCGCUGGCUGCUCAUCGUCGGUGCCAUUGGCAUGGGCGUUUGCAUGUUGGUCGUGUCGCUUGUCGGCCUCAAAACCCCGACAGUCUACAUCAAGGAGAGCCCCGACGGCGUCAAGUCGGAGCCGGUUGGCAUUGGAAUCGUCUUCCUCCUGUUUCUUUUCGCCUUCUUCUACAAGCCUUCAUGGGGUGCGACCGUGUGGAUGUGGACAGCUGAAGUCUUCUCCAUGAACAUCCGCGCGCAGGCGGUUGGCAUGUCAUCACAAAUGCAGAACGUCGCCAAUACCAUCUUUCAGCAAUUUUUUCCCGAGUUCCUCGCCAAUGAAGGCCUGAAAUGCCUCUUCUUCUUCAUGUCAGUCAACUUCUGUCUCGCCGCCUUCGUCUGGUUCUUGAUCCCCGAGACGAAGCAGGUGCCUCUGGAGGAAAUAGACGUCCUGUUUGGCGGAGCUUCUCACUCUGGCCAAAACUCCAUCGAACUCAGUCUGACAAACUACGGGUUUCUUACGGCUGUUGCUGAUAGCUCCUUGCGCACCCUGGAUAUUGCCAUUGAUAUGCACCAGCGCAACGCUUUACGUUUUGCUCCUGCAUCGACAUUUGUGCUUAUAACGACAGCUUCCGUAUUUCCGCUGAAGGGACUGGGCCUUAGUGUCAAUAUCAUCAAACUCAAUUCUUCUUUGGAAAUUCUUUCUAAGGCCGUCGCAGCGCUGCGUAUCAGUAGGCCGGGUGAAUUCAUCUGGGGGCACGUGAGCGGCAAAGACCGAGCGCUUGCGUCUACUGAUGUGGCCAACUCCGAGAAGGCCCGCCUCGAGGAGCUAGAGAAUGGCCUCGAUGCCAACUUCAACAACGACGCCAAGUGGCCCGCCAGGUUAGAUGGCACGAAGAAGCUUAUCCGCAAGCUCGAGUGGAUAAUUCUACCGGCCCUCUGA